AUGCCGCAGAACGAAUACAUUGAGCGCCAUCAAAAGCUUUACGGUAGGAGACUCGAUUAUGAGGAGCGGAAACGUAAGAAGGAGGCUCGUGAGCCCCACAAGAGAGCCGAGAAGGCGCGCAAAUUGAGAGGCAUCAAGGCAAAGAUCUUUAACAAGGAGCGCCGAAAUGAAAAGAUUCAGAUGAAAAAGAAGAUCAAAGCGCACGAGGAGAAAAAUGUGAAACAAAACACGGAGAAGGUGGCCGAAGGAGCCGUGCCCGUGUACCUACUGGACAGAGAUGUACAGUCGAGAGCUAAAGUACUGUCUAACAUGAUAAAACAGAAGAGGAAAGAGAAGGCUGGCAAAUGGGACGUACCGAUACCGAAAGUAAGAGCUCAGGCUGACGCUGAGGUGUUCAAAGUACUUAAAUCAGGAAAAUCAAAGAGGAAAGCCUGGAAACGCAUGGUCACCAAAGUAACAUUCGUAGGAGAGAACUUCACACGGAAACCGCCUAAAUUUGAAAGAUUCAUCAGGCCGAUGGCAUUGAGGUUUAAGAAAGCACAUGUAACACAUCCCGAGCUCAAGGCUACAUUCUGUUUACCGAUCAUAGGAGUGAAGAAGAACCCUAGCUCACAGAUGUACACGAGUCUAGGAGUCAUUACCAAGGGUACAGUCAUCGAAGUGAAUAUAUCAGAACUGGGUCUGGUGACGCAGGCUGGUAAAGUUGUGUGGGGGAAGUACGCACAGGUCACCAACAACCCGGAGAAUGAUGGGGUCAUUAAUGCUAUUCUACUUGUUUGA